AUGGCCGACCCUAUCUCGACUGCCGAUCCCGUGGCGCUAGAAGUUGAUGAGGCUGAUACCAACACUGCUAGCGAUACUGACUCUCUUGGUUCAAUUGAAGGGAGCUCCACUUCGUCAAUUACCUCAAGCAUCCUCAAGUAUCGCCAAGAGAACGGCCGCACCUAUCACGCGUAUAAGGACGGCCAGUAUGUGAUCCCCAACGACGAGCAGGAGCAGGAUAGGCUCGAUUUACAACAUCAUCUUUUUCUUCUCACCUUUGAUCACAAGCUCUAUUUAUCCCCCGCCGGCCGAGAAGGUCGUCAACUACACAAUGUUCUCGACGUUGGGACAGGUACUGGACUCUGGGCCAUGGACUUCGCCGAUGAGCAUCCCAGCGCUUCGGUCAUCGGUAUUGAUCUCAGCCCCAUCCAAAGUCCCUUCGUUCCUCCGAACUUGAGCUUCCAGGUCGACGAUAUUGAAGAGCCGUGGACAUUUCAUGUCAAGUUCGAUUUCAUCUACAGUCGCAUGAUGACUGCAUCCAUCGCUGACUGGCCCGGUUUCUUCGCCAAGGCCUAUGACAAUCUCAAUCCCGGCGGCUGGAUCGAACUGGCAGACAUUUAUCCAAUUACCAGCGAUGAUGGAACUCUCGCAAAAGACUCGGCAACUCAUGAAUGGGUCACCAGAUUGUUGGACGGCACAAAGAUGAUUGGAAGACCAUUCGAUGGGGCGAAUAAGUACAAGGAACAACUCGAAGCCCAGGGCUUUCAGAACGUCCAACAGGUCGUGUUCAAGUGGCCUCAGAAUACCUGGCCGAGAUACAAGAAGCACAAGGAGCUUGGUGCUUGGAAUCUUGAGAACAUCAGCUCGGGCCUCGAAGGUCUCAGCUCUGCUGUCUAUACACGUGUCCUCGGUUGGACUAAAGAAGAGCUGGAUGUAUUACUCGCCAAGGUUCGCCGCGAAAUGAAAGACAGAACUAUUCAUUCUUACUGGCCUAUAUAUGUUGUAUAUGGGCAGAAGCCAGAGAAAUGA